UCUGCCAGCGGGCAUUGGAGUUAAUCUGUUAGUGGCAGAGAUGGUGCCAGCAUGUAUGGGCCCAGGCGAGCGGCAAACGGCGGGUCAAAUCGUAAAAGGGUUACACGGGCAGGUUGAGCAACGAGAAACGUGGACCCGCCACCGCAUUUUAUUCAGAAAAGAUUUCAUCUUCGGCUGUGAUGCCUCAGUCCAAUGGGUCAGUAACACACACAGAGCGAUUUAUUCAGUUUUCUCUGGCCGUUUUAAAUUCUGAUAUUCUACAUUUUUAUUUAGUAUUGUUGGGGCCAUUUUGUAUCACGCACAUGCUUGAUGUUUUAUAUCAUGCACUCAUAGGGAUUUCAGUAAAUGCUCGUUUUUAUUUAUCAUAUCGACCCAGGGGUUUUACACCGUCGUUGAAGCCAAACUAAUACGCCUGAAAACCGCAGCGACGAGACAAAUUGGAAAUAUAAAUAAAAUAGACCCUCCCAUUUUUUGUUGUUGUAAAUCUGAUUGAAAUUUUCACAAUAAAAAAAAAUUCAAUUCUGAAGAAAUUACCUCAAGUUUAUGGGUUUCUUUUUCAGAUAUGGGAUAUGCACACAGUCCUGCAUUGUUUUUGCUAGAUCAGUAUAUAUGCUGUGAUGUGGCUUUUGUGCUCUUAGAGAUGUAGUCCCGGUUUAUACGAUGACGUGUAAUAUCUUUGUCUAAAUCCCGAGAUGCGGUUAUUGUAGGAAAAUACGCCCAUAUGAUGAGCAUGAGCAGGCGCUUUGUUUUCAGCACAGUUUGCACACUUCUACGUAUAAAUAUCUUAUCUAGUUAAAUGCCGAACAGAAGAUAACUAUUUUAGCCUAAUAUUAAAUAUAACCUUUGUGGUUUUUCUUCUGUAAAUUAUGUUGGAUAUUUGAAGCUGAAAAAUGGAAAAGGUACAGGCGAUUGGAAGAUGUCUCGUACAGCCGAAAUACAACAAAAUAAAUGAACAUGUAACUUGUAUUGACGUGAGUCGAGAUCCAGACAUAGUUUGAGCUUUAUGUUGCAAAGUUUUGUAGUUUCUUUUUGUCUUUUUUGGUGUCUUUUUUUUAAUAUAGUGGUGUUUAAAAUGUGUUUUGGUGAGCAGCAGUGGUAGGGUGCUUACGUGUCCUAUAAAGCACCUCGUAAAGUAAAGCUUCCAAAAGCCUACUGUAUCGUUUUGGAUAGCCUAGACAGGGACUUGAACAGCAACAACUGCCUUGAGAUACUGUAAAAGAUUAUUAAUUUUUUUAAGACCUGCACAUUUUCCAUCUCACAAAUAGCAGAUCUUGCUCAUAUCUUGAUAAUUCUUAAUGUUAAAACUGGAGGUUGUUAUAGGAGAGCGGGUGAGUAUUUAAUGACCAAAGGGAUUGAUUUAUCCUUUAUUGUUCAGCCUUUAUGAUCACGUGUGCCUGCUACCCAAUGGCAUAGCAGCCUGUCUCCCCAUUACUAGCCCACUGUAGUUCUCUGUGGGGCCAAGUUGCUACUUGAUUUCUCCACAUUGUUAUUUUGUGAGGCUGGGUUUACUGCGUGUGUAUGUGUGUGCGGUGUGUGUGCGCGUUCUACUUUUGCAUGUAUCUGUUGAAUGACUGCGUACAUGUGAAAGUGUAAUUUUUCUGCCAUGUCGACAUCCGGAACACUGACUAGUUACUACGUUGAUUCCCUCAUUCUGCCCGAGAGCGAGGAGGUCUCUGUGCCGAGGUACUCCUCUGGUCCUGGGCUCCAGUAUGCCAGACAGCCCGCCUCCAUCAGCGACCACAGCGAGCUUGGGACUUGCACCUUCCCGUCCAAACCUCCGGUAUUCGGACCGUCAUGGAGCCACGUCCCGGCUCAGUUCCCAGGCACCGUCUCCUCUGUUUAUCAUCACCACUAUGGGCAUCCCCAAGGCCCGGUUGGUGCAGACACAGAUGGGCGCUAUCAGUCGUGGCUGCUGGAGCCCAUGUCCGGGUCUCUGCCCAUGACCGGAUUACCGACGACCCAUCACCACGGAAUCAAGCCGGAGGGUCAGGGGACGCGUGUUGACGGAGCGUUGCCGGGCUCCCACACGGCGCUGCUGCUCUCAGAUUACGCCAACGGCACGGUGGCGACGACAUCCCCGAUGGAAAAGGACGCGCUGUCCGGCCAAGCAGGCGACACGAGCGGGGAGGGUGAGGAGAAACCGGGCCUGGAUCCAAAUAACCCAGUGUCCAACUGGCUCCAUGCGAGUGCCACGAGAAAAAAGCGCUGUCCGUACACCAAGCACCAGAUCCUGGAGCUGGAGAAAGAGUUCCUCUUUAACACCUACCUGACCAGGGACCGUAGGUACGAGGUGGCGAGGCUGUUAAACCUCACCGAGAGACAGGUUAAAAUCUGGUUCCAGAACCGCAGGAUGAAGAUGAAGAAGUUUAAUAAAGACGGCGCACCGAAAGACGAGUGACUGAACCGUAGAUAAACAGUAUUUAGACUGAUGGCGAGCUUUGUGUGUGAAAGCUCUUAACUCUGCUGGACCUUGUUUUUAAACUUAUUGUCUUAUUGUUCUAUAUAACAGAAGCUAUUAGGCUCAUUUUGUCUUGUUAAAAAAAAAGCAUGUUGGGCUUCAGUUUGAUGCGACUACCUUUUAAUAUUGCACAAUUUUAACAGUGCCCUCUCGUUUUUGUUUUUUGUUUUUUAAAUUUGUUCUUGUGUUUUUAAUUAAUACCUCGUUAAAGUGUAUCAGUUGGCCUGGUCCCUGUGCUUGUUUAUGUAUGGAUGUUUCUAUCUGUGUGUGUCUUUCUGGUUUGUAGCUAUUUGUUGUCUAUCUCUGAGUCACCUGAGCGUAUAGUUUGUAAACUGUGUUAAUUUUAAUUUCUUUCUCCCUUACUGUUAAAACUAUGGUUGAGCACCAUGAGUUUGAAUCUAACAUCGGAAGCGUAGAAAAACAGACGGAUCGCAUUUUGAAGUAGGUACAUAAACCUCACAAACCUCUUGAAAAUGCUUACUGAAUUAAAAAUAUAUUAUAGAAGCUAUAUUACAUGACAUUGUUGACUACCUAUAUGUCUUUCAACUACCUACAAUAACGUUUUGCUCCGAUGGCGGAUUAUAGUAGAUUUGCUUGCAUUAGAUACUGAACUAAGGCUGGAUUUCAGGGAGUAACAUUUUGAAAGAACAUAAUGUUUGUUAGUGAGAGAAAAUGAAUUAAAACACUGUAGGCUACUUAUUGAAUACCUCACGGUCUGCC